AUGGAGAUCGAUAGAAUCGAUGGGCGAACGCCGAACCAGUUGAGACCACUCACUUGUUCUCGCAACGUUCUUAACCGUGCCCAUGGCUCUUCCAGUUGGUCCCAAGGGGAUACCAAAGUUCUUGCUGCUGUUUAUGGACCAAAAGCAGGAACAAAGAAGAACGAAAACCCUGAGAAGACUUGUAUUGAAGUUAUUUGGAAACCUAAAACUGGGCAGACUGGAAAAUCAGAAAGGGAGUACGAGAUGAUAUUGAAGAGAACAUUGCAAAGUAUCUGCAUUUUGACCGUCAAUCCAAAUACAACAACAUUAGUUAUAAUACAAGUUGUCAACGAUGAUGGUGCACUUCUCCCUUGUUCCAUAAACGCUGCAUGCGCUGCACUUGUAGAUGCUGGAGUUCCUCUAAAACAUCUUGCUAUUGCAAUAUGUUGCGGUCUGGCAGAAAGCGGAUAUGUUAUACUGGACCCUGCCAAGCUAGAAGAACAGAAAAUGAAGGCUUUUCCAUAUCUCGUCUUCCCAAACUCAGUUCUCUCAGUCCUUCCUGAAGGAUCACCAAAGGUAGAAGGUGAACUCAUGGAAAAUGGGAUCAUCACGUCUGUUACACAGGGUGCAAUGGCAGUGGACAACUACUUCCACUGUCUAGAACGAGGGCGUGCGGCCAAUGAAAAGAUGUCUGCUUUUCUCAGGAGGAGUUUGCAACCCCAACUCCCGGGUUGACUCAAUUAAAGCCGGGUGUUUGGCCUGGCAUAACGUAGCAGCUGUAUUUUACAGUUUUGAAUCAUUAGUUGGAUUUCAGUUGGAACCAGAACGCCACCAUUUCCUGUGGCUGCAGUGACCUUAGUUGGGGUGGGUUUAAUAAUAAUUAUUACCAUAUCCUGAUAGCAUAACUGUAUUAAAAACCUCAGCCCAAUAUAAUGCAAAAAUUCCAGU